AUGUUCUGUAAAAUCUUGAUUGGCCUUGUACUGGCGGUGGUGUAUGCAGAAGAUCGCCAUGACUACGGACAUUCAUACACCUCUCAAUCUUUUCAUAUUACUCACCCUGAGUCUUCCGGACAUGGUCACAAUGAAUAUGAUCUAAGUCAUCAAGGCGAUAGUCAUGGACACCACGAUAGCAACCAGGGUCGUCAGGAAUAUUUCAGCGCUCACAACCAGGAAUCUCACGGUCAUCAAGAAAUUUCUCACGGCUACCACAGCGGAGAACAAACUCUAUAUUUCCAACCCGCUCAACACGCUUCUAUUACGAACCAUCAUGAAGUCUCUGUAUCAAGUGGUAAUCAGCAGAAUGCCCAACAAGAACAUCAUAGUUAUCAGGAAUACCUAGGACAAUAUGGUCACGAGGGACAAUAUGGCCACGAAGGACAAUACGGUCACCAAGAACAAUAUGGUCAGCAGGAACAACAUGGUCACCUGGGACAAUAUGGUCACCAAGAAGAAUAUGGUCACCAAGAACAAUAUGGUCAUCAGGAACAAUAUGGUCACCAGGGACAAUACGAUAACCAGGGACAAUAUGGUCACCAGGAACAAUAUGGUCAUGAGCAACAAAAUAUUCACGAGGGACAAUACGGUCACCAAGAACAAUACGGUCAUCAGGAACAAUACGGUCACCAGGGACAAUACGGUAACCAGGGACAAUAUGGUCACCAAGAACAAUAUGGUCAUGAGGAACAAAACAUUCACGAGGGACAAUACGGUCACCAAGAACAAUACGGUCAUCAGGAACAAUACGGUGACCAGGGACAAUACGGUCAAGAAGAACAAUAUGGCAACCACGAACAACUUGGUCACCAGGAACAAAAUGUUUACCAAGAAAAACAUGAUCACGAAGAACUCCAUGGUCAUCAAGAACACCAUGGGGAAGAACACCUUGUUGACUACCACGCUCAUCCCAAAUAUGAAUAUGAAUACAAAAUUGAAGAUCCCCACACCGGAGACAAUAAAUACCAACAUGAGAGCCGUGAUGGUGAUUCUGUGAAGGGAGUCUAUAGCCUUCACGAUGCUGAUGGCUCCGUGCGCACUGUUGAAUAUACUGCUGAUAAACACAAUGGAUUUAAUGCAGUAGUGAAAACAACCUCCAAGCACGGUCACACUUACUCCCUAAACUAA